GGUGGUUUAGAAGAGGGUGGAGGUGGCGCGGGCGGAGAAAGGGAGGGAGAAACAGAGAUAAGUGGGAAGGCGAGAUGGUGCAGCGCUUAACGUAUCGGAAGAGGCAUAGCUAUGCCACCAAGUCGAACCAGACUAGGGUUGUCAAAACCCCAGGUGGGAGGCUUGUCUAUCAGUACACAAAUAAGAGGGCGAGUGGGCCAAAAUGCCCUGUGACUGGCAAGAGGAUUCAAGGAAUACCUCAUCUAAGACCUGCUCAGUACAAGAGGUCUAGAUUGUCUAGAAACCGGAGGACUGUGAACCGUGCAUAUGGUGGAGUCCUAUCUGGAAGUGCUGUUAGAGAAAGGAUUAUCAGAGCAUUUUUGGUUGAAGAGCAGAAGAUUGUCAAGAAAGUUCUGAAGAUCCAAAAGGCUAAAGAAAAACAAGCCACAAAAAGCUAGACAAGGACAAAUGAGCAUUAAUGCUCCGAGUUUUUAUUUAUCGAGGAUAAAAUUUCGACAAGAAUGUUUGUUAUGCGUGAACUAUCUUUCUCAUACGUGUAUUUUCAGUUGGCAAUAUCUUUGCAAAGUAACUAUUGUGCCGUAUCAGAAUUGUUGCCACUGCAGCCUCAGUUUCUUGUCGUGGAAGGAGUGGAAUUAUGGCAAUCUUCGAAGCAGAUUUCAAGUAAUGAUUUCUUCAAGCUCCUUGAAAGACUAAAUUGUGUUAGGUUGAAACGCAGCAGUGAAAUUGUGAAAAGCUUCAACUGGCAUGUAUACCGCGACAUGAUUCUUACAGUGAAAAAUGUCACUGCCGUGGCUUUGUUUCUUUA